AUGAAAUCCUCUUCCAAUUCCAAUCCUAACUUCUUCUACCACAAUGACCAUACUACCCCUCCUCAACCCACAAAUUCCAUUCAGCUCCCUCCCCAAUCCCAAUCCAACGCCGCCCUCACCAUCCAAUCCACGUACCGAUCCCACCGUAUCCGCACCCUCUACCGGAAAAUCUCCACCGUCGACUCCGAAGCCGACCACCUCCAACGCCUAAUCCAGCUUCAAGACACAGUAGACUUAAUCCGCAACAACCACUUGGAAAAACUAAAAAUGAACGAAGCACUCAUGAAUCUACUUCUCAAGCUCGAUUCCGUUCCCGGAAUCGAUCCAGCCGUGAGAGAAGCCAGGAGAAAAGUCACCCGUCGGAUCGUGGGUUUACAAGAGAUACUCGACUCUGUUUCGGAAGCUAAAGUUGAUGAAUGCGAUUGGUGGUCGUUGAAUAAUUGGGAUCAAGUUAUUGAACAAAUGGAAGAAAGUAUUUGUAGAGAGAAAGGUGGUGAUGAUAUGGAAAAUUUUUGUGCUCAAAAUCUUGGGUUUCGUUGCUUACAAAGGUUUCUUCGCGAACCCUGA